AUGUGUUUCUUUCUUUCUCAGACUGUCCAUAUCUAUCUAUCUAUCUAUCUAUCUAUCUAUCUAUCUAUCUCAGUUCUCUUUUCAUAUCUAUCUAUCUAUCUAUCUAUCUAUCUAUCUAUCUAUCUAUCUAUCUAUCCCAGUUCUCUUUUCAUAUCUAUCUAUCUAUCUAUCUAUCUAUCUAUCUAUCCCAGUUCUCUUUUCAUAUCUAUCUAUCUAUCUAUCUAUCUAUCUAUCCCAGUUCUCUUUUCAUAUCUAUCUAUCUAUCUAUCUAUCUAUCUAUCUAUCUAUCUAUCUAUCCAGUUCUCUUUUCAUAUCUAUCUAUCUAUCUAUCUAUCUAUCUUUUGUUUUUUAAACUAUUUCUUUCUUUCUUUCUUCCUUCCUUUCUUCCUUCCUUUCUUUCUUUCUUUCUUUCUUUCUUUCUCCUUUAAACCAUUUCUUUCUUUCUUUCUUCCUUUCUUCCUUUCUUUCUUUCUUUCUUUCUUUCUUUCUUUCUUUCUUUCUUUCUUCCUUUGUUUCUUUGUUUCUUUCUUUCUUUCUUUCUUCCUUUCUUUCUUAUAUUCCCAGUCACUCGUUUCAUUUCUCCUUUCUUGUCUAAUUUCGCCCCCUUUGAGGAAAGAGACGGCGCGUUUAUCUAUCUAUCUAUCUAUCUAUCUAUCUAUCUAUCUAUCUUUGCCUCUAUUUCUCUCUGUCUUUCUUUUUAACAAUAUUGUUAUCUUAAUCUAUCUAUCUAUCUAUCUAUCUAUUUUAGUCUAUUCAAUAUCUAUGUAUGUAUGCAUGUAUCCAACUACCUAUUUUAGUCUAUUCAAUAUCUAUCUAUCUAUCUAUCUAUUUUGUCUAUUCAAUAUAUAUUGUAUUCAAUAUCUAUCUAUCUAUCUAUCUAUCUAUCUAUCUAUCUACUUUAGUCUAUUCAAUAUCUAUCUAUCUAUGUAUUAUUGUCUAUUCAAUAUGUAUGUAUGUAUCUAUCUAUCUAUUUUAGUCUAUUCAAUAUCUAUCUAUCUAUCUAUCUAUCUAUCUACUUUAGUCUAUUCAAUAUCUAUCUAUCUAUGUAUUCUUUCUAUUCAAUAUCUAUCUAUCUAUCUAUCUAUCUAUCUAUUUUUGGUUAUUCAAUAUGUAUGUAUGUAUGUAUCUAUCUAUCUAUCUAUCUAUUUUAGUCUACUCAAUAUCUAUCUGUCUAUCUAUCUAUCUAUCUAUCUAUCUAUCUAUCUAUCUAUCUAUCUUCUAUCUUUUUUUUUUUUUUUCUUUCUUUCUAAUAUCUAUCUAUCUAUCUAUCUAUCUAUCUAUCUAUCUAUCUAUCUAUCUAUCUAUGUUCAUUAUCUAUCUAUCUAUCUAUCUAUAGGAGUGUGUGUAUGGAUAGAUAGAUAUUUCUUAGUCUGUUCACAUCUAUCUAUCUAUCUAUCUAUCUAUCUAUCUAUCUAUCUAUCUAUCUAUCUAUCUUUGCCUCUAUUUCUUUCUGUCUUUCUUUUCAAGUCUGCUCAAAUCUCUUAUCUAUCUAUCUAUCUAUCUAUCUAUCUAUCUAUCUAUCUAUCUAUCUAUCUAUCUAUCUCAGACUGUCUAUUAUCUAUCUAUCUAUCUAUCUAUCUAUCUAUCUAUCUCAGACUGUCUAUUAUCUAUCUAUCUAUCUAUCUAUCUAUUUGUCUGUCUGGACGAACGCCCAAUAAUAACACUUAG